AUGACACCGACUACUAUUAGGAUCAUUCUUCUUAGAGAAAUUAUUGGUGGUAGUGAUUAUUGUUCAUGGCUAAUCGUGUGCGCAACUCUUGUUUGGGUAAACUCUGGUGCUGAUAUUUUUCUGGAAUGGCACGUCCAAAUCGACAACACAAUCAAGCCAGUAUCUACAACCCAACCGAUUAUCACCAUCAAUGGGAUGUUCCCUGGACCUCUUAUCAACGCAACCACCAACGAUAAUAUCCAUGUCAACGUCUUCAAUGAUAUGGAUGAGUCGCUACUCAUAACCUGGAAUGGCAUACAACGAAGAUUGAAUUCGUGGCAAGAUGAAGUCUUUGGCACCAACUGCCCAAUUCCGACCGGUAAGAACUGGAGUUAUGUGUUCCAGGCGAAGGACCAAAUCGGGAGCUUCUUCUAUUUUUCCUCCAUCAACUUCCAUAAAGCUGGGGGCGGCUUUGGCCCAAUUCGAGUUAACAACCGCCAAGUCAUCCCGGUGCCCUUCCCCAAACUUGAAGCCGACUUUGAUCUUCUUAUUGGUGAUUGGUAUUCAACAAGUUACAAGGAUGUGAGGUCCAUGAUGAACACCAAGCUUACAGCUUACAACAGUCCCCCCGAUAGAAUGUUGAUGAAUGGCAAAGGCACAUAUUUGGAUCCUCUUACAAAAACCCACGAGUCCUUUGCUGUCACACAAGGGAAGAAUUACAGGUUCAGGAUAUCGAAUAUGGGUGUGGCGUGGAGCUUCCAUUGCAGAAUUCAAAAUCAACGAAUGAUGUUGGUUGAAACAGAAGGAUCUUACACCAAUCAGAUUAGGCUGGAUUCUCUUGAUGUGCAUGUUGGGGAGUCGUACUCUAUUCUUGUCACAGCCGAUCAAAGCAUAGGAGAUUAUUUCAUGGUGGCAACUCCUAAAAUAUAUAAUAAUUCCAUUGAGUUGAGCGGGCUUGUGGGCGUUGGUGUGCUACACUAUGAUAACUCCACCACACUUCCUAGUGGGCCUCUUCCAAUUGGGCCUGACCCAUUUGAUAUAAAAUUCUCCAUCAGUCAUGCUAAAUCCAUUAGAUGGAACAUGACCACUGGUGCAGCAAGGCCAAACCCACAAGGAACCUUCAACGUAACUAACGUGACGCUAUCACAAACCUUCAUUCUUCGGGCAUCAGCAGCCGAGAUUGAUGGUGCACCUCGCUACACCGUCAACAAUGUGUCCUACCUGACGCCGGACACCCCAUUGACAGUGGCAGACAACUUCCUCAAUGGGUCCGGAGUUUAUGUGGUUGAUGCAUUUUCAACUAAUUCUACCAACAUUGAGUCCGUGAGAGUUUUUGUUGCAAGUGGAAACCACAAAGGAUGGAUAGAACUGUUGUUUAAGAGUGAUCCAGAGGUUAUGGAUGCUUGGCACCUCGAUGGUUUUAGCUUUUAUCUUGUCGGCAUUGGUGAAGGGGAAUGGUCGCCUAAAUUGCGCUCUACUUACAACCUUUUCGACCCUGUUGUUCGUUCAACUGUUCAGGUGUACCCUGAAAGGUGGAGUGCAGUUUAUGCAUAUCUUGAUAACCCUGGGAUGUGGAACUCGAGAUCACAGCUCCUGAAAAAUUGGUUCUUAGGCCAAGAACUCUACUUGAGAGUUUAUGAUGCUGAUCCAAACCCCGCCAAGGAGUGGCCGCCCCAGAAAACCUUUCUUCUUUGUGAAAAAUUUGCUAAUUUAGUUCCUACUUCUUCGCCCGUACCUGUUCCGUCGACUAGUGCAUCAUCUCCACAAAUAGCAUGGCUUCAAAAGGCCAUGAUUUUCAUUCUUUCAUUUCUCUACAUUCAUCAACAGCAGGAGUCUUAA